AUGUGGCGAGAUCGCACGAACCUUUAUAUUUCCUAUCGGCAGUCAUACGCGCACCAUCCGACGAAACGGACGAAGUAUAGUGGUGCCGCCGGUGGGAAUAGCUUCGGUGAUGCCUUUCCAGGAAACAGCAGUUAUGCCAGUGGCAAUGAUGACACGCGUGGCCUCCUCUCGGCCGGCGCCUUCGAGGACGAUGGAGACGCCGUUAUAGAAAUGGACCUCCUCCCCCCGCGUUGGGCGGACGUAUCCGACGAGAUCACCGACUUGCUCGCCGACAUAGCCACCAAGAGCCAGGUGCUCGAGCGCUUGCACCAAAAGCAUGUGCUGCCAGGUUUCAACGACGAUGACGCAAAAAAGGCAGAGGAGCGCGAGAUCGAGACCCUCACCCAACAGAUCACAAAGGGCUUUCACGACUGCCAUCGCUGCAUCCAACGAGUCGAGCAGAUGGUUAGGGAGUCCAAGCAUGCGGGAACGAUAACCGGUGCGGAGGAGACCAUGGCCAAGAACAUACAGACAUCACUAGCCUCAAGGGUACAAGAUUCAAGCGCGCUCUUUAGGAAGAAGCAGAGCGCAUAUUUGAAGAAAUUGCGCGGGAUGAGCGGUCUCAGUAGCGGUGCAGGCGUACCGGGCGAUCGGGGAUCGACACCGCAACCUUCGAGCUCGUAUAUGGACCCGUCGAUGCUCGAGUCUGACGCCGACAGGUCCUUCUCGCAGUCCACGCUCCAGGCAACGCAGCAAAAGCUUCUGCAAUCCAACGACGCGGCCAUUAUCCAACGUGAGAGGGAGAUCGAGGACAUUGCACAGGGCAUUAUUGAGCUUGCCGACAUAUUCCGCGACUUGCAAAAUAUGGUCAUUGAUCAGGGUACCAUGCUGGACCGGAUAGACUACAACGUUGAGCGCAUGACUACGGAUGUUAAGGGAGCCGAGAAGGAGCUCGUUGUCGCCGCCGGGUACCAAAAGAAGACGACCAAGCGGAAGAUCAUCCUCCUCCUGAUUCUUAUUAUAGCGGGUAUGAUCAUUCUGCUCGUCAUCAAGCCGAAGAAGCAUGGGGGCGAUGAGUAG